GGAAGAUAAAGUACUGUACUGUCAGGAACAGUACACAAAAUUUUCGAUUGCCAUUAAAAAAAUGACAUCAUUACUCAAACCAAUAACAUCAUAAACCGUGCUAUGGUCUCAAAAUGUUAGCAUUUAUAAAAAUCAAAUCGAACUGUUUUUUUUUGAAAAAUGAGUAAAGUGACAUUAACAAGAUAUGAAUUAUAUGCGUUACUAAACUCACUCCGGAUAUUAAGAAAUUACUCACCCACUUUUACAUAAAAAUGAAAAGUUUAAGCUUAUUAAAAAAUUAUGAACAUAAUUCAAUGCAACCGUUAAACACUUUGUAUCCUUUGCAAAACUUAGAGACUAUUCGACGGCAUUUGCUAUCUAAACAACAAUAAUUAAAAAGAUAGCGCGACCUCAAACUUAGGAUAAGAAAGUUGUCUUACGUUAUGCUUUCAAUUUCACUGGCAUUUCUCUUUUCACGGACAGGUUCAAGCGGUGUUAUUAUUUAACCAUUUUGUUAAUCAAUUGAUUCGUUAUAGUAAAAUAAACAAAAAAAAAUAUUAUCUAGUCCACCACUGAUAUCGUAAGUACGUAAAUAGAUAGCACUUUCGUCAAACAUGUAAUCGCACCUUCACACCAUAUGUUUAAUAAUACCACAAGUGUUUAAAAAAUGAAUCUCAAGGACUCCAAACUACUCCUCACCAAAUCAUCGAAAAAUGACAAAGACGAGAAGCAACGUUUACUCGACAGCGACGCCCCCGACGUCUCCCUGGACCUGGACUCGGCAUCGGGCGAAGACUUUUCCGAAGACCCAACGCUCAACCGAAAACUGGAACACCCAACUUCGAACUUUGACACGAUGAUACACUUACUGAAAGGCAACAUUGGAACGGGAAUUUUGGCAAUGCCCGACGCUUUCCGCAACGCUGGCUGGGUGGUGGGUCUGUUCGGGACCAUGUUCAUGGGUUUCAUUUGCACACAUUGCAUGCACAUGCUGGUGGCUUGCGCCCAUGAACUGUGCCGACGAACGCAAAAACCCGCACUCAGUUUCGACGAAGUUGUUGAAAAUGCGUUCAAAACGGGCCCACAACCAUUGCAACGUUUCAGUCAAAUUGCAAAGACUUUGAUUAAUCUUUUCUUGUGCAUCACCCAGUUGGGCUUCUGUUGCGUUUAUUUUGUCUUCGUGGCUGCGAAUCUCCACGAUGUUAUCAAGCACUAUUUUUUCGAUAUUAGUGUGCACUGGUAUCUGGUGAUACUUCUGAUUCCUAUGGUUCUACUUAACUUUGUUAAAAGUUUGAAAUAUUUGACUCCGGCGUCACUUUUUGCAUCAAUCUUGACUUGUAGCGGUUUGGUUAUAACUUUUUUCUACAUGCUUCAAGACCUACCUGAUACUUCGACAGUGCAAGCGUUUUCGAGUUGGUCACAAUUGCCGCUUUAUUUCGGGACUGCGAUUUAUGCUUUUGAGGGCAUUGGUGUGAUUUUACCGUUGGAAAACAACAUGAAAUCGCCGCAAGAUUUCGGCGGUUGGACCGGAGUUUUAAACACCGGAAUGGUAAUAGUGGCAACCCUGUACACAGCUGUGGGUUUUUUCGGUUACUUGAAAUAUGGGGAUCAAGCGGUUUUGGGGAGCGUUACUCUCUUAUUGCCACCAAAUGAAUUGUUGGCACAAUCGGUCCGGUUGAUGAUGGCAGUGGCGAUUUUCCUCUCCUACAGUCUCCAGUUUUACGUUCCUUUUAACAUUGUGUGGCCUUGGGUCAAGGAUUAUUUUCAUUCGGAUAAAUCGAAACGAUUGGCCGAACAUGCAACGCGAACAAUUCUAGUUUUUGUAACGUUUGCGUUAGCCAUCGCGAUUCCGAAUUUGGGUGCUGUUAUUUCGCUGGUUGGGGCUUUCAGUAGCUCAGCUUUAGCUUUAAUUUUCCCGCCUUUGAUCGAAAUUAUCACUUUCUGGCCCGACAAAUUAGGCAAAAAUAACUGGAUCUUGUGGAAAGAUUUGGCGAUUGUUUUGUUCGGCUUUGUCGGGUUUAUUAUCGGGUCGUAUGUCAGUCUGUUGAAUAUUUUGCAGCCGGAAAUGUGAAUUUGGCCCCAAAUCUCAUGAUAAUAAUGGUGACAAUAAUGUAUUUAUUUUAAUUUAAUUCUUUGUAUAUAUAAUUUUAAGUAUUAUUAGGUGAGGUGUUAGCACACCCCUUUCCUGUGACAUCAGUAUUCCAAAAUUUGUAUAAAUCGAUGUACAUAUUUUUAUGUUUUUAUUACGUUAGGUGAAGAGAAAAUAUAUUCUAUGUUUGCCUUUA